AUGAUUGUUAUUAUUAUUAUACAUCCAACAUCUUUCGAUUCGGUUGAUUUAGAGCUUGAUUCAGUUAUAUUAAUCAACGAAAAAUAUAGUGGUAGUGAACAAUCAUUUCAAAAAUGGAUAAUACCUCGUCAAGUAGAUCAAAAACCUGAAAUUAUGUAUCGAUUUUCAUCAAUGUUUUCUUUACGAUCAAGACAAACAAUUUGUAUUUUAUCAAAACGUAAUCCAAAAUGCAGCAAAACCAAUAGUUCAAUUGAAGCUAAAACCAAACAACAACGUCGUAAUACCAAUGAACGUCCAGGUGCAUGUCCAUCAACAAAUUUACCUCAUCAUAUUCAUUGUCGCCGUCGUGUGUGCCUUGAAAGCGAGUUAAAGUCAGGUUGUCAAAGUGACGAUGCUUGUCCAGGAGCAAAAAAAUGUUGUCGUCCUAUGUGUUCAUGCAAAAAGGAUUGUAUUGAGGCUGUUUAA